AUGGCAUCAGUCUUUGCUCGACCUAACAUGCUACUUGUGGAACUUCCGACCGAGAUCUUAAGCGUCAUAUUCAGCUAUAUUCCCGACAGUGGCUGUUUAGUCCAAAUUAUGCAAGUGUGUCGCCUGUUCAGAGAUAUGAUUGAACCAAUCCUGUAUCGCUCUAUGCAUUUACAGCUACCAUUAACGUCCACAUCGCGAGACUCCCGUGGGGGCACCUACAACCUAGGACACCUCGCCGGGCUUAUUGAUGCAUUGUCUGCUCGACCUCAACACAGCCGUCUUGUCAAAAUACUCUAUCUGCAGCUGGAUGACCCGAAAGGUCUCGACUGCAGCUAUAAGAUCAAAAUCUCGAACCUCUUUCCACACCUUCAAGAGCUGUCUCUGAGCCCGCCUUCCCCGCAUUUGGAUCUUACUGGCAUGCUGUUCCUCAAAUAUCUACGACUCAAUUUUGGUGACAUGGCCGAUUAUCCUCAACCGGUACAACUUAUUCUACAUCACUUCUGGAUUCCAACACUUCGUAUCCUACAAAUCGAAUAUCUUGAACUGGAAAGUCAAUGGGUAGAUCUAGAUCCACUACAGAGGCACCAGACGUCACCUAUUAUCGAUCUUCGCAUUCACGCCUUAACUGAUGUGGACCAAUCUAUUGGCAUUUUGACUAGCCUCUUGAACUCUGUGAAGUCCUUGAAACGAUUCACUCUUGACGCCGAGCUUGAUGCUGUAAUAUCACAUAUGGUACAUGAUUGGUUGUCCCUAGAUGCAAUUCUUUGCGCCCUACGGUUCCAUGCGGACACACUCGAAGACAUAUUUAUUGCUGCUAGUGAUGGUAGUUCCAUCCGUCGGACCACACCAACAUGGAGUAUUAUGCUUUUCUCUUCCCUCAGGAAAUUGGCAAUACCAAUUAGCUGUUUAGAGUAUUGCAAAGGCUCAAACUGUGAUUUUGCAUUACCGCCAAAGCUCGAAGAGCUACAGCUGCAACAGCAAGAAUGCUAUGAAGAAAUCUCGGUUUGGUAUUCCUGUUAUGAAGGCCUGAAAGCUCUGGCCAAAAGGAAGCGCGAUGGCUUUCCCGAACUAAGACUCAUUGUCUGGUGGACCCAAAUGUCCAUUGCGUGGUUUGAGUCGUCGAAACGACUCCCUAUACCACCAAUUGGAACCCUUAUUCGUACCUUUGAAGAAGUGGACGUCUUAUUUAGUUGGAUUACACAUCCGGUUUUUAAGGGGUCGCCUUUCGGUCAAGCAUUCAGGCCUCCCAGUGGGGAAUAA